AUGACAACCAAGGUUAAAAAGAAAAGUGCUAAGAAAGAGGAAGCUUUUAGUUCAUCAGAAGAAGAUGAAGAAUUUAUUUUGGAUGAUGAUUCUGAUAUGGAGUGUGACAUUGGAGAAGAGGAAGCAGAAUGUAUGUUUUGUACUGGACUCUUCCCUGAAGAUACCUCGGGCGAACAAUGGAUUCAGUGCUCAAAGUGUUUUAAGUGGGGUCACACCGACUGCACCAAUGCAGGCAAAAAGACACAUAUAUUUGUGAUGUCUGCCUCGAUGGCUAAUUUUAUCCCGUUAUCCUAA